UUGCCUUAGUUUUUUCAAUAGAUUAGUAACAGGAUGUCAUGCAUUAUGUACUUUCGUUCAGUAAGAUCUACAUAGACAUUCCAUGAUGUCACGGAUGAGUAUCCUUCUAAUAUGGGAAUUUUGUCAAGUUGCAAGCAAAUAUUGCAAGUAGGUCUAUGUGUUCUAUCUGACUGAUGCAUUUCAACUUUUUGUUCCUUUGUUAUGUGGGGGUGAAAGGCGUGACUUAGAAAAUACUGUCAUCCUGUCUAUUUUUGCCUAGUAAUAUAAUUAGAUCUGGCAAGCAAGCGAAAGCAUGUCGAAGUUAUCAAGUUCUGCGGGAAGCAGGGAAGGGAUCUUGCUCUUCGGAUUCAACACUUUAAAGGAACAAAUGACUUUUUUCUGUAGAAUUUUCAAUGAACUGUAUCGUUGCAUUUUAGUGCAGGGAGUGGUCAGAAAGAUGCCCCUGAAACAUGACUCUUCUCACAGGAAAUAUGACUCGCCACUGUGGAAGUUCUGAUUGGACAGAAAGUCACAUUAGAUUUCUUCUAGCCAAUGAGAGUCUUUUCUGUGUCUGACUGUAUAACGCUACAUGUAUACUGCAUUGAUGUGGCAUUCUCAGGGACUGUAAAUGAUUUAAAAAAAAAAUAACUAGGGACGAUACAGAAAGAGAAUGAAAGAGGAAAGGUUAUCAUCCUUUUCUCCAUCUGAAGUACUUCUACUUGCCCUGUGGCCAUUAUUCUAUGCACCUCUUGUCUUUCAGAAUGAAAAUCGCAAAAGUUGACAUCAGUAUGAAAACCUUUGAAGGUCUUCAUUGCUGCUCUCAAUCACUGAAGAUUCUGAUUCCGAAAGAAUGUGGGUGAUCAAGGUGGUAGCUCUGUGCCUGCUGGCUGCGUCAGCCACUGCCGAGAAGAAGCUUAGCAACCAUGCUGCCACCUUAGCAGACAACAGCGCUAACCUGGCCUUCAACCUAUACCAAAACCUGGCCAAGGAGAAGACCCUCGAGAACAUCCUCAUCUCCCCGGUGGUCGUCGCCUCCUCUCUGGGCCUGGUAGCUCUCGGGGGCAAGUCUUCCACGGCUUCCCAAGUCAAGGAAGUGCUCAGUGCCAGCAAGGUGCAAGAUGAACAUCUCCAUGCCGGCCUGGCCGAGCUGCUGACUGAAGUCAGCAAUUCUACAGCCCGCAAUGUCACCUGGAAGAUCAGCAACAGGCUGUACGGCCCCAGCUCCGUCAACUUCGCCGACGACUUUGUCAAGAACAGCAAAAAGCAUUACAACAUCGAGCACUCCAAGAUCAACUUCAGGGAUAAGCGAAGCGCCAUAAACUCAAUCAACGAGUGGGCAUCCAAAUCCACUGAUGGAAAACUGCCGGAGAUCACCAAGGACAUGGAGAAGACAGACGGAGCUAUGAUUGUCAACGCUAUGUUCUUUAAAACUCAUUGGGAUGAGAAGUUCCACCACAAAAUGGUUGACAACCGUGGUUUUAUGGUAUCUCGCUCGUUUACGAUCUCUGUUCCAAUGAUGCAUCGCACAGGGUUGUACAAACUUCAUGAAGACACGGAAAACAAGUUGUUUGUACUGGAGAUGCCUCUGGCCCACAAGAUGUCCAGCAUGGUGUUCAUUAUGCCGUACCACGUGGAGCCCCUAGAGAGGCUGGAGAAGCUGCUGACUCGCAAGCAGGUGGAUGCUUGGCUGAGCAAGUUGGAGGAGAAGGCGGUGGCAGUAUCUCUGCCAAAAGUGAGCCUGGAAGUCAGUCAUAACCUGCAGAAACACCUUGGUCAGCUUGGCCUUACGGAGGCAGUUGAUAAAAACAAGGCCGACCUGUCCAACAUCUCUGGAAAGAAAGACCUGUACUUGUCCAACGUCUUUCACGCUUCAGCCCUGGAGUGGGACACGGAGGGGAACCCCUUUGACGCGACCAUCUUCAGCACGGAAAAGCUCCGGAACCCUAAGCUCUUCUACGCAGACCAUCCAUUCAUCUUCAUGGUGAAGGACAACAAGACCAACUCCAUCCUCUUCAUUGGCAGGCUGGUUCGACCCAAGGGUGACAAGAUGCGAGACGAGUUAUAGUCAUUUCCCAGGGAUGUCAACCUUUACCGUGCAUGAAUCGAGUAUGAAAAAGGCAAUAGAAAUGUUUUUGGUAGGUCUGUUACCUCAUAAGCACAUUCCAGUAUAUUAGGUAUGGACCAGUUACCGGGGCUGCCCCCCCCCCCUGAGGCACACGUGAGAAGCACCCUCACUGACAGUCAGCUUAGCUAAUAUACUUUUACAUCUGCUGGGCUCAAAGGUAAACAAAAUGUCACAUGACUGCACAGUGAAUCCCACCGACACGUUAAACCACCUCUAGCUUGAUGAGAAUUAACAACCACAUGCCUUUCUGGCAAGUCAUGUGACCGGCAUGCUUAUAUUAAGUAUGAUCUCUCUGAUUUUUGCCAUAAUCGUCCAAUCAAUCCAAAAAUCCACAUCCAAAAGGAGCAUGCAGGUUUUGCGAGGAUAUCUUUAAUGUUUAAAGUAAAAAAAAGAAAGUUUUGCAUUGACGUCACAAGAUUAUGUGGUGCUGUUGUUUAGUUCUCACCAUGCCAUAGAGACCCUUUCAUUUGUUUUUAACCAUCAUCAGUGUGCACUGAAACUGUUCUGUAAAAUGCAAAUCCAGUACACCACGGGCUCUAUACUCUUUUUCAGGUUGUUACCCAGGGUUCUUGCCACGUGACUUAUGUUGGAAUGAUGCAACAGUGUAAAACUGUCAUCUUUGUUUUUUGAAUAAAACUCAUAAAAACAAAAA